ACCAGCUAGUCGAGACAAUCGCGAUCUGUACUCUGGUUCUUUGUCUUUGUGUCGUGUUAUAGAUUUUUGUUGUUUUUGCUUUUUCUUAUCCAUUUGUUAAUAUAUGCAUGUUUCAAAUAUGGAUUCCCUUCGCUUCUGGGUUUGUAAAGAGAUAUUUGGCUUUUUGUUCUUCAUGAUCAUGGCGCACACCGCUUGUGGAAACGUGAGCUAUUCAAUUCCGGAGGAGAUGAGGCGCGGAUCUGUGAUCGGAAAUUUAGCAAAAGAUCUCGGGCUCGAUGUGAACAGAUUGUCAUCUCGUAAGCCUCGCAUUGACACUGAAGGUAACAGAAAACGAUAUUGUGAAAUUAAUCUGAAUACUGGAGAACUGACCGUAGCGGAGAGGAUAGACAGGGAGGCGCUUUGCGGAAAGAAAGCUACAUGCGUUAUAAAACAAGAACUCGUGCUGGAAAAUCCUCUAGAGUUGCAACGCUUUAUUCUUAAUAUUCAGGACAUAAAUGAUAAUUCACCACAGUUCAAGCAAACUGUAAUUAAAUUCGAAAUACAGGAAUCAGCAGACAAAGGAUCUCGUUAUUUACUGGAGGAGGCCCAUGAUGCUGAUAUCGGUGUGAAUUCAGUGCAGUCAUAUACAUUACAAAAUAAUGAUAACUUUAUUCUAAAUGUUCUUACAAAGGCAAAUGGUAGAAAAUAUGGAGAGCUCGUGCUGAAUAAAGAGUUAGAUCGUGAGCAGCAGAAAGAGGUGACUUUAAUUCUUACUGCGGUUGAUGGUGGGACUCCACCGAAAUCAGGUACUGUUGCAAUACACGUCACUGUGCUGGAUAACAAUGAUAAUGCUCCAGUCUUUAGUCAGGCUGUCUAUAAAGUCAGUCUGCCUGAAAAUUCUCUUGUAGAUACUGUAGUGGUUACAGUGAGUGCUACUGAUGCUGACGAGGGACAAAACGGAGCGGUGACAUAUGAAUUUGGUCAUUUGUCAGAAACCCACAUGAAUACGUUUUCCUUGGAUCCAGUGUCGGGUGAGAUCAAACUAACAGACCUUAUUGAUUAUGAAGAGGAGAGUUCAAUUGAGCUACCGAUUCAAGCUAAAGAUGGUCAAGGCUUAGUCAGUUUUUCAAUCGUAGUUGUUGAUGUUACUGAUGUGAACGAUAACGCCCCAAUUAUAAUGAUUAAAUCACUGAAUAGUCCCGUUCCUGAAAAUGCGUCUCCAGGUACAGAGGUUGGCAUCAUUAAUGUUCAGGACAGAGACUCUGAAAAUAACGGACAGGUGCGCUGCUCCAUUCAGCAAAACGUCCCAUUUAAACUCGUACCUUCAAUCAAAAAUUAUUAUUCUCUAGUGACCACAGGUGAAUUAGACCGCGAGUUAGUGUCUGAUUAUAAUAUCACAAUUACUGCUACUGAUGAGGGCACUCCGCCUUUAUCUUCCACUAAGAAUAUUCACUUUACUGUAGCUGACGUGAAUGAUAAUCCACCUGUAUUUAAAGAGCAGAAUUACAGAGCUCACGUGCAAGAAAAUAACAAACCUGGCGCAUCUGUUUGUACAGUAUCAGCUACAGACCCGGACUGGAGACAGAAUGGAACUGUAGUUUAUUCUCUGUUACCUUCUGAAGUCAACGGCGCACCGAUUUCCUCGUUUUUAUCUGUUAACGGAGACACCGGGGUCAUUCAUGCCGUGAGAUCGUUUGAUUACGAGCAGUUGAAAAGUUUUAAAGUGCUGGUGUUAGCCAGAGAUAACGGUUCUCCUCCUCUGAGCAGUAACGUUACAGUGAGUGUCUCCAUAACAGAUGAAAAUGACAACACCCCUCAGAUAUUAUACCCCGCUCCGGACGGAAACACCUUCAUGACCGAGAUGGUACCCAAAGUUGCGCAGGCGGGCUCCCUGCUGUCCAAGGUGAUCGCCGUGGAUGCGGAUUCUGGACAGAACGCGUGGCUCUCCUAUCACAUUAUUAAAGCUAGUGAUCCUGGACUUUUUACUAUCGGUGUGCACAGCGGAGAGAUCAGGACACAGCGAGACCUUUCUGAAUCUGACAGCAUGAAGCAGAACAUUAUUGUCUCCGUGAGAGAUAACGGACAGCCCCCUCUCUCUGCCACGUGCGCAUUAUAUUUACUUAUAUCGGAUAACUUGGCUGAAGUUCCAGAACAAAAAGACAUGUCUCAUGACGAGAGCAGCGCCAAACUCACUUUUUAUUUAAUCAUCGCUCUGGUGUCCGUUUCCACUUUCUUCUUGACUUUUAUCAUCAUCAUCCUGGCCGUGAGGUUUUGUCGCCGGAGAAAGCCCAGACUUUUGUUUGAUGGAGCUGUAGCCAUUCCCAGCGCGUAUCUCCCUCCAAAUUACGCAGAGGUGCAGGGAACUCUCCGCAGCGCUUACAAUUAUGACACAUACCUGACAACGGGCUCGCGCACGAGUGAUUUCAAGUUCGUCAGAUCUUAUAACGAGGGCACGCUCACUGCUGACCUGACGCUGAAAAAGACUCAGUCAGCUGUAGAUGAUCUUGAGGGGCUUGAUGCAGACUUGAGUGAUUCAUUUCAGUGUCGCUGUUCACCUGUACUAUCAUCAUCAGUAACACAAUUCUUGUCUCCACCCUGUUAG